CUUUUUUUUUUAUGACAAAGUGAGCCGUGGAGGUAUAAAGAUGCGCACGCGAUAAGACUUUCAGAAAACCCGAAGGAAUUUGAGAGUCGAGGACUCGAGAGAGCAGAGUAGAUCCAGAAGCUUUAAAAAAGAACGCUUAGAAAGACUCACAAAGAGGAAGACAAUCAGGAUCAUCAAUGGCGGGCGCUAGAUUGAUAUCACGGGCAUUUUUGCAGGCAUCUAACACUACUCCCUCUCUCCAUCUGACCUUCGGCAAGCGCCUCUUAACUUUCCUCCACGCGUCGCCUCCGUUUCAAUCAGAAUCAUUUGUACCGGCGUCUGCACGCAACUCCAGAAUCUCUCCUCCUUGCUAUUGCUUUCCAAGCGGAGAGUUGAUGUUAUCUUCGAUUCACAGACACGACAGAUUAUUUGCCACCGAAGCCGGCUCCAACAUCACCAAGAAAGAGGACGAAGACGGCCAAAAUGACGAGGCCAAGGCAAGGGGCACCAAAGAAAUCGAACCCUUCGAUGAGAUGGCAGUCGUAGAGGAGCCCAAGGACCCAAACAAUUUGCAAGAGAUUUUCCACCACAUGAGGACCAAAGACGGUCUGCUCAAACAUGCCGAUAAGAUGUUCGACGCUUUGUCUGAAGACGGACUCACCAACGAGGCCUCGGAACUCUUCGCUCAGAUCAAGGAAAAGGGUUACAUACCCAGUGUGGUGGCCUAUACAGCCGUCAUCGAGGCUUAUACCAAUGCCGGUCAGCCCAAGGAGGCUCUUAGAGUCUACUUGCGCAUGCUUGCCUCAGGGAUCGCCCCAAAUGCCUAUACUUACUCGGUUCUUGUCAAGGGACUUGCUGCGGAUGCUAAAUAUUUAGGAGAUGCCAAGAAGUAUGUGAUGGAAAUGAUGAGUAAUGGGAUGAGGCCUAAUGCCGGGACCUACAUCGCCGUGUUUGAGGCAUUGGCUGGGGAGCGUAAGUUGGGCGAGGCCAGGGAGUUUCUGGAGCAGAUGAAGAAUAAUGGGUUCCAGCCCGAUGAGAAGGCCGUGAGGAAGGCCCUUAACAAGCAGCAGGGACGAGCUAUGUGGAGGGGGAGUUUUAUUGAUGCAUUCCUGUUCAAAACGAAGAAGAACAGAGAUCUUCUCGUGAACAGAAAAAUUUGGUCGCGUAGAUCUAUUAUUUGGCCAGAAUUUGUCAAUUGCGUCGUACGAAUUUACAACGGAAAGGCUUUUGUUCGUUGCAAGCUCACUGAACAAAAGGUUGGUCACAAAUUUGGAGAGUUUGCUCUUACCCGUAAAAGAAGACCCAGAACAAAACUUGCACAAGGAAAAAAGAGCGGCAAAAAGUGAAGUCUCACUGUUUUAGUUCAUUGAUAUGAUCCUAAUUUUCCUUCCUUUUUUUUUUUUUCUCUCUCGCGUAUCAGUUAUCAUGUUUUCCUGUUUUUUGCAUGAGUCUUGCCUUCCAAUUAUAGUCAAGGAGAUUAUUGAGUUCCCAUUUUCCUCUU